AUGAAGCUGUCCUCGGUUCUCUGUGGUGUCUUUGCGACUCUUACUGUUGCGUUUCCCAAGGAAUAUCUCAGUCUCGCGACUUGGGGUGUUGAGGGUUACGCGAAGGAUAAUCCCCUUGGUAUCACCACUGGUGGCAAGGGUGGAAAGACUGUUACUGUCACUACGGCCGAGGAGCUUGUCGCUGCUGUCAAGGGUACCGAGCCUAAGAUCGUGAAGCUCAAGGGCAAGGUUACUCUACCUUCUCGCCUGAAGGUCGGAUCCAACACUUCUCUUAUUGGUGUCGGAUUGACCGCUCACAUCACUGGUGCUGGCGUCGAUGUUUAUCAUGGAGACAAUGUCAUUCUGCAGAACUUGAAGAUCACCCAUAUUUUGGAUAAUGAUUGUAUCACUAUCCGAAACAGCACUCGCGUCUGGGUUGAUCAUAACGAGUUUGCUUCAGAUAUCAACCAAGGUCCUGAUCACUACGACGGACAAGUCGAUAUCAUCCGCGCUUCGGAUUGGAUCACCGUCUCGUGGAACUAUUUCCACGACCACUGGAAGUCUUCCCUCGUUGGCAACGACGCUACCUUCCGCGAUCUCGACUUCGGCCACCUCCACGUCACAUAUCAUCACAACUACUGGCGCAACAUGGGUACUCGUGGCCCUGCUGGUCGGUUUGGCCACCAGCACAUUUACAACAAUCUCUACGAGGAUUUCCUGUACCAGGCCAUCCACAGUCGAUCUGAUAACCAGGUUCUGGUUGAGGGCAACGUCUUCCGAGGCAACACAAGCGAAGCUCUGAGCACCUACGGUCUUGUCAUCCCUAUGGACUCUCCCAACACUUGCACUUGCGGCGACGAGGAGCUUGAUGGCUAUGCCAACCUUGGAGCCAAGAACGAUUGGGGCAAGGCUGGAGUUAACAUUACACAGAAGGGUAACUUUUACAAGGCUGAUUACAAGUACAAGUUGACUCCUCUCAAGCUGGUCCCCACCGUGGCCAAGCUUGGAGCUGGUGUUGGUAGAAUCUGGAUACUUCCUGAGAAAGGCGAAACCCGACCCCCGCUGCCACCCGUGGUUUGUCUUUCUCAUGUACAUGUAUCAAAGGCCAACGACCCUUGCGAGUCAUUAGCUCUCGAGUACGGCGUCUCUUCUGCAGAAAUAUUUAUCAACAACCCCGACAUCUUCCAAUGCGACGAUAUGGUUGAAGACGUGCCAAUCUGUCUACCAUUUCAAUGCAAUACUUAUCAAGUUAAAGAAAACGACACUUGUACCUCUGUAUCUGAGUCCUUGGGUAUCACCAUAAAGGACUUCAUGUCUCUCAAUCCCUGGAGCCCAGGUGGCGCUUACAAGGAUUUCCAGUUCGGUAAAUUCAUUUGCACUACGCCAUCUGACGGCCAUUACAACCGAACUAUCAAAAAUCCUGACCCGGCAGACUCCAAUUAUGCUGACGAGGUUGUUCCACGACCCGAGAACGCCGAUCCGGCUGCGAACAAACAGUGCGGGCGUUGGUUUACAGUUGAGGAAGGAGAUGACUUCUCUCAUCUCAUCCCAGGACAAGCGUAUUGUGUCGGCCCAACCAAAAACGCUCUACCAGAAUCAUAUCCCCCUCCUCCAUACUGGCGCCACGGAUGUUAUUUCAGUGGCAACGACGAUUUUGAUCGUCCCACCCUUGCUUUGACAGGUCCUAGGUUGAGCCAUAUCAAGCCCCUAUCUAUUUCUUCUUGUCAAGCCUACUGUCUCUCACUCUCUUUGCCUGUCUUCGGUCUACAAAAUCGCGAUACCUGUAUAUGCGACGAUCGUUUGCGAAUGGAUAGCAGACCUCACAAUAUUUAUGGCUGCGAAUCUCGCUGCGGCUACGGAUACGAGGACUCUUCUUGUGGUCCGGAACAACAUCCUAUUGAAGUCUUUAGUUCUCAAGAGCAUCUGGCUGUUGAGUACGUCAAUAUCGGAUGUUUCGAGAGUAAGAAGGAAUACGUGUUACUGGGAAGGAACUAUAUGGAAUGGAGAGACGGCACUCUGGAAGAGUGCGCAUACUUCUGUCAUCACUCUGAUUACUUUGCUCUCCAGACCAAGUAUUAUAGUCCAGUGGAACAAGUCAACUUUUGCAUUUGUGGCAAUCAAUUGAACCCAAGCAUUAAGAAGCUGAAGGGAGAUGAGGAAUCUGCUGAUGAGAAGGGGGAUAAUCUUCUUAAGUGCAACAGCAACAAUUACAUCGCUACUCUCCACGUGCGCGAUAAGUACACAGCGACGAUUGCUAUCGAGUGGUUGACUUGGAUUGCAAGUUCAGUCAUGACUACAAACCUCUUCAGGUUCCUUAUUGGAACGAUUGGCACUAUUAGCAUUUGCUUCAUCAUUAACAAAAUUCUCAACCGAAUCGUACUCUACAAAUCGUCCACCGCACAACCUUGGGAUUGGAGUAAGGAAAUCGUGCUUAUCACAGGUGGCAGUGGCGGCAUCGGCUCUGAAAUGGUCAACAAAUUCUCCCGCAAAAACAUCAAAGUUGUAUCCUUUGACAUACACCCACCAAAAAGCACAUUCUCUCCAAAUGCACAUUUCUACAAAGUCGAUGUUACUUCGCCACACAGCAUACAUGAGGCCAUGGAACAAGUCCGUCGGGAUAUCGGAGAUCCAACGGUCCUGAUCAAUAAUGCUGGCAUCGCCUUAGGCAAAGACAUUCUUGCUUGCACAGCAGACCAGAUCAAGCAGAUGGUCCAGGUCAAUCUGCUAGCACACUUUUGGCUUGUGCAAGAAUUGGUCCCAUCCAUGGUCAAGCAGAAUCACGGCCAUGUCGUUACAAUUGCUAGCACUAAGCUCUGGAUUGCUACGCUCACAAAAUAUCUGAUAGCAGCCAAAGUAGUAGCGGUUAGUUCCAACGUUAUUAGCCUACUUGUCUGCCCUUACGAGUGGAGAUAUCGGAUCACGGUGAAGCCAUUUCCAGUCAACGGAACCACCGCCCUCCGCAAACCGACCACGGCCGUUCCGCCACCCACUCCGCUUGAGGCCUCACCACCGCGCGGAACUAAGAAGAAGCGCUUUGACAACUGA